AGCCUGUGCUGCCGCAACCUGGCCGUGGAGAAGGCGGUCAGCGAGCUGCCCUCCGAGUGCGGCUUCUGCGCCCAGCAGUUCCCGCGCUCCCUGCUCGAGAGGCACCAGAAGGAGGAGUGCCAGGACCGGGUGACCCAGUGCAAGUACAAGCGGAUCGGGUGCCCCUGGCAGGGCCCGUACCACGAGCUGUCGGUGCACGAGGCCGAGUGCACCCACCCCACCAAGACCGGCAACGAGCUCAUGGAGAUCCUGGACGAGAUGGACCAAACGAGGAAAAAGGAGAUGCAGCUCUACAACAGCAUCUUCAGCCUGCUCAGCUUCGAGAAGAUCGGCUACACAGAGGUGCAGUUCCGCCCGUACCGCACCGACGACUUCAUCACGCGGCUGUACUACGAGACGCCGCGCCUCACCGUCCUCAACCAGACCUGGGUGCUCAAGGCGCGGGUCAACGACUCGGAGAGGAACCCCAACCUGUCGUGCAAGCGCACGCUGUCCUUCCA